AUGUUUGUGAUUGGUAAAUCGAAGAAACCAAGGUGCUUCAAAAAUGUAACAUCCCUACCCUGCAGGUACAGAGCGCAGAAGAAGAGUUGGAUGGACAGCUCUCUUUUUGAAGAGUGGGUGCGAGAAAUCAAUGCAAUGUUUCUAAAAGAAGGUCGAAAGAUAGUCUUGAUCAUCGAUAAUUGUCCCGCUCACCCUGAUGUCGGUGGACUGUCCAACAUUAAAUUGAUUUUCUUACCUCCAAAUACAACUUCUGUGUCACAACCGAUGGACCAAGGUGUCAUAAGAUGUCUUAAGUCUCUUUAUCGCCAAAAAUUGGUCAACAUGAUGAUUCAAAACCUAGAAAAAGGCAAAGAUCUUCCAAAAGUUUCAAUUCUGCGUGCUCUUCAAAUACUUGUUUCGUCGUGGGACAAAGUGAAGAAAGAAACCAUCGUAAAUUGCUUCAAGAAAUCAAAGAUUUCCAAGAAAGCUCAACAGAAUGCAACUGAUGAUAUUGAUGAUCCAUUUAAACAACUGGAGAAAGAUCUCACACAACUGCGUGCCAUUGACAAUACCAUUAUUCCUGCUGAUCUCUCGGCCCGUGAUGUUGUCGAUAUUGACCAAGAUUUGACCACAAUCGAAAAUCCCGUGACUGAUGAAGAAAUCCUUGAGUCGGUACGGCCAAGUACAGAUGAGAAUGACGAGGAGCAUGAUGAAAAUGCCGAUGUCAUCGAGGUGUUUGAUGAGCCAGUGAGCAAGCCAACAAAAUCAGAAAUAAACACUGCAGUGGAGACUUUACAAAAUGCUUGUCUAUUCACUGAUGAUGGAAAUGACAUGCAACGCCUCCUGCUUCGCUUUGAAGAUUUGUUUCUUAAAAGUGAAAUGAAAAACAAGAAGCAAACUAGUAUUUUGAGCUUUUUCGAUCAAAAAUAA